GGAUGUGUCCACUGUUGACAGACAUACAGGAAAAUGAUUAAGGAAGGCUUGAAGAUGAUUUGAUCCAACUCCAAAACCUCUUGAAGCUACAUCAUGACUGAUUUAGAAGCCCACGGGGUGGGGGACCCCCCUCCGCCCUACAUGAUUUUUCUGGUGGUCUUCCUCUUCUUCAUCACCGGGCUGCUGGGCUUCCUCAUUUGCCACCUGCUGAAGAAGAAGGGCUACAGGUGCCGCACUGCAGACGAGGAGGAAGAGGAGAAGCUCGGAGGAACUGAAGACGAUGAAGAUGAAGAGAACCAGGAUACAGUGGAGCAGAUUCUCAAAUGCAUUAUUGAAAAUGAAGCCAACAUGGAAGCCUUCAAUGAGUUAUUGGGAAGCCACAAUGUCUGUGUGCGCCAUGACGCAAGGUUGCGUAAGGAGUCCGUUGCUGGUAUUCCUUCCCAUCAUCACACAGUGCACUCAGGCAUGGAACACAACUCCUGCCACCUCUGUGCCCAGAGUCGAUCCAAAAAGGGCCGCCGACAAAGCAGAACCACCCGCUUCAGACAACGACCUGGAGAGCAGACUGUCUUCUCUGUUGGCAGAUUUCGGGUGAUACACACUGAUAAGAAGCCCCAAGGGAGUCCUAAUGCUUUGGCCGCUUCUAGUGACCAGCUGGACCAAUCCCAGGACAGCGACGACAGAAAGGAUGCUGGGUACAACUUGAGAAGUAUGUUCAAGGAUGUCCACCCACCAUCAGAGAACUCCAAUGGGACUGCUGUGAAUGUGGGGAAACGCAGGAAGAGUUUGACCAUAUUUGGGUUGAGGCGGGGUAGUGACCCUGUUGGCAUGAAAAUACCAGAGGGGACAGGUAGGGAGACCGGAGGGGUUAGAUUUGGUAUUCAGCAGCAACCUGUAGUGCUGGAGGAACCAUUGCUGACAAAGAGCAUUAAAGAUAUCCCUGAAAGUGGCACUAAAGCUGGUCCCACACCUGAGACUGAGACCACAAAGACCCAAACAGACAAACAGACCUCUGGCUCUAGCUCUGUUCCCAAGGAUGGCUCUAAACAUGAGCCCACUCCUGAGCCAUAUACUGGCCUUACAGUCAAUCCUUCAGAUGGCAGUACAGGAGCUUCUGCUCCCAGGUCCCUUCCCAUUCCAUCUUCUGCUUCGUCCGAGCAGACAUUUAAGAGAACAGAGAAACAAGCAGAUGUUGAGUAUGACAUGUUAAGAAAUAACGAUCCUGGGCCCCUGCAGACGUCGACACCCAUUGGUUAUAUUCCAUGUUUCACUCCUGUCACUUCUUCUGGUCAGUCUGAACCCAGUUUGGACAAAGGCCUUCCACUUACCCAAACUCCGCCUGACCUAAGUUCCAGCCCAGAUCAGGAGGUAGUUUUAGGUGCUAGCUUAGAUUUAACAAGCAUAGGUUCUUCCCCUCUGUCUUCAAUCCCUAUCAAGACCCCAUCGUCAGUUUCUUCAUUAAAAACUCCUACCUCACCCUUUGCACUCACACCGAGCCCCAAACCAAGCCCAAGGAAUACACCAUCAGAAGCUGCAACAACUGCCUUUUCCCCUACCCUCACUCAAAGCCCUAAGCUCCCAUCAGGUAGAGCAAUCACUGGUUCCUUACAAGCCCGAACUCCCUCACCUGCUCUUUCUCCUAGCCCAAAACUAUCAACCAAAGGUGAUAUGGUUUCAAGCCCAUUAUCUGCAAAGGAACAAGAGCCAGAAGAAGCCAGAAUCCCAACAUCAGAAGAAAUGACAGAAAUAAAACUGCGCGGGAUCCUCAAAAAAGGGAAAAUGUCACCACCUGCAGGAGACUCUAAAGGAUCUCCCAUUUCCUCUCCCUCUGAUCAGCUUUCUAAAAACAAACUGAGCAGUUUGCCUGUGUCACCUUCUAGCCCCAUGCCGCCCUCCUCACCUCAAGGGAACAGAAUAAGUAGUGUGGCCAUUGUCAAGGCCAGCCCUGACAGCAAGAGAGAGUUUUCUGUGGUCACUAUGGUGGAGAAGGAAGAGCAGUCUACCUCACAACAAAGCCAGGCAGAAGCGACUUCUGAAUUUGGGGUUGGAUCUGGAAAAGAGGGUGCUGGUCCACUCAGUCAGGGAGAACAUGUACCCAUUUCAGGUGUCGGACAACCUGCAAUACAAAUCGAAGAGACUUCUGGGGCAGAAGUUAGGUCAAUGGUGAGCCAGGAAAAGGACGAUAUGGUAGAGAUGGAAGAUAUUAGGGACUGUAAGGUGACGCAAGUGGAAGAAGCAGAGAGGUUAGAAGAGGAGUCGCAGAAGACGGUGAACAUUCAGUCAAAACCGGACUAAGAAGUGAAGGGAAAACUUCAAAGUGCCCAGUGACAUCCCAAAGAAAGACUUGAGAAGUAGCUCUCCUAGACUCUUAGAGGAAUGGAAUUAAAGUAGUAACACAACAAAUUAAACAAUAAUGCUUUUAAUCAUUUAACCACAGCAGGUCAUGUGAUACAUUUGCAGCUGGACUGGAGUGGCUGGUCCAUUGACUUUCUUGUUGACUGAAGGCAUAACG